AUGGCCACGCGUCCCCGGGAGAAUCUCCGCAGUGCCAACGGAACCAUGGAGACCCGGGCAACUAUCGAGAACCAAACGGCGGAGGGGAAAACGCCGGGGAAGACCCUCUCCCAUAA